AUGCGUUUUUUCCAUCGAUUCGUGGACGGCUUCAGGCCGGCGAUACCGCUGGACCUAGAUACCUCUUCUGAGCUCCGCGACUCGGAAAAGCUGCAAGGCUCGAGCGACUAUGCAGGCAAGGACGAAGAAGAUUCCCAGAUCGCGCACGCACGCGUCAACGACGCGCCGCCCGGUGAGCCGGGGCUGAAGAAGGGGCUACAGAGCCGCCACGUCCAAUUCAUCGCGCUCGGCAGCGGCAUCGGUACGGGUCUGUUUAUUGGGUCGGGCUCGACCCUCGCGUCGGGUGGCCCAGGCAGUCUGCUGAUCGACUAUAGUUUGGUCGGUCUCAUGAUCCUGACGGUGCUCUUUGCGCUGGGCGAGCUCGCCUCGGUGCUUCCGGUGCCCGGUGCAUUUGCAGAGUACACGGCGCGUUUCUUGGACCCGGCGUGGGGCUUUGCCGUCGGCUACAACUACCUCAUGCAGUGGGUCGCCACCUUUCCUCUCGAAUUCACCGCGGCCUCGAUCGUGAUCUCGUUCUGGGACGAGCAGGAGGUGGUGCCCAAGGGUGUGUGGAUCGCCAUCUUUAUGAUUGUCAUCGUCUUGGUCAACAUUGUCGGCGUGCGCGCGUACGCCGAAUUCGAGUUCUCUGCCACGCUGCUCAAGAUGCUCACGAUUGUCGGCUUCAUCAUUUGCUCCAUCGUGAUCGACUGCGGAGGUGCGCCUGUGGGCCAGUAUCUCGGCGCGCAGGGCUGGCACGGACCGGCGGGCGCUUUUGUGAACCAGUUCAAGGGCUUCUGCAGUGUGCUCACGACAGCCGCCUUUGCGUUUACCGGCACCGAGCUUGUGGGCCUCGCGGCCGCCGAGACGACCGAGCCGCGCAAGCUGAUUCCCAAGGCAUGCAAGCGUGUCGUGUGGCGUGUCGUGAUCUUUUACGUGCUGUCGCUGCUGAUGAUCACGCUCAUCAUCGACCCCACCAAUCCCCACCUGCACGGCGACGGGAGCUACGACCCGAAGACGUCGCCGUUCGUGUUGGUGAUCCAGACCGGUGGCAUCAAGGUGCUGCCGCACAUUAUCAAUGCUGUGAUCAUGGUCUCGGCCCUGUCGGUGGCCAACUCGGCGGUGUUUGCAGCGAGCCGCACGCUCCACGCGCUCGCCGAGCAGCGCCGCGCGCCCAAGAUCUUUUGCUACAUUGACCGCGAGGGCCGCCCGCUCUUUGCGCAGAUCUUUGCGCUGGCAUUUGGUCUUCUCGGCUUUUUGAUCUACUCGUCGAACGACAAUGGCGGCACGGUGUUUAGCUGGCUGCUGGGUAUCUCGGGUCUCUCUGUGGUGAUCACCUGGGGCUCGAUCUGCGCGGCGCACAUCCGCUUCCGCCGCGCCUGGAUCAAGCAAGGCUACACGCUCCAGCAGCUCCCAUGGGUCUCUCCGCUUGGCGAGAUCGGCUCGUGGGUCGGCAUGAUUUUCAACAUCCUUCUUAUCGUGGCGCAGUUUUACAUCUCUGCCUUCCCUAUCCACGAGGGGACCAUGACCCCGCAAAAGCGCGUGUACGAAUUCUUUUUGGGCUUUAUCUCGCUGCCAAUCUUCUUGGUGUUCUUCAUCGUGUACAAGAUCGUGAAGCGCACAAGCGUUGCACGCCUCGAAGACAUCGACCUUCUCUCUGGACGCCGCUCGCUCGUCUCCAUGGAGGAGUUUGAGCAGCAGCAGGCCGAGGACCGCGCGCGGCCGAUCUGGAAAAAGGUUGUACAGUUCAUCUUUUAA